CUCUUGGAGGCCUUAGUGGUUUAUCUCGGGUGUGUUCACUGGUUCAGAGACUGGGGCGCGCAGCCCGGUCGGAGGAGAGGGACUGAGAAGGUGUUACCUGAGCCCCGCGCCCAAGUUCCCGCUUCGCCCGCAGAGUUCAAUGGCGCCAGGCGCGCGGCGGGACCGCGCUCAGAGCCCCACGGGUGGCAGGAGGUGACAGCCAGCCCAACGCGUCGCGAGCCUGUUGAGCCACUUGGAUGUAUUCCUCUAAGCUCUGGCUCGCCUUGGUUCCCGUGGCUGUAGGCGCGCUUUUGAAACCUACACAGGAACGUGGAGAAGGUGCAAGGCUCCCUACCCCCACCUACUAUGAUCUGCAUUGCGGUGCCCUGGACUCCUCAGUACUGUUCCUCCAGGCCCAAGAUCCUUGGUCAAAGGGCAGUGUGACCUUUGAAGACGUGACCGUACACUUCUCCUGGGAAGAAUGGAGGCUCCUUGACGAGGCUCAACGAUGCCUGUACCGUGAUGUGAUGCUGGAGAACUUGGCACUAAUAACCUCCCUGGGCUGUUUGCAUGGAGUGGAAGAUGAGGAGGUACCUUCUGAGCAGAGUGCUUCUUUAGAAGGAGUGUCCCAAAUCAGGACUUCCAAGGCCAUUCGUACUGAGGAGUCAAACAGCAGAGGCCGUUGUAGAGUUAUCUGUCACGGUGGAAAAGUUGAUUACAACUGUGGAGAACACACACUUGUCCAGCAUCACAGAGCCCUCACCAGAGAACGAUGCUAUGUGUGCAGUGAAUGUGGGAAGUCUUUUAGCAAAAGCUACAGCCUCAAUGACCACUGGAGAGUUCACACCGGUGAAAAGCCUUACGAGUGUGGGGAGUGUGGGAAAUCCUUUAGGCAGAGCUCUAGCCUCAUUCAGCACCGGAGAGUUCACACUGGAGUACGACCUCAUGAAUGUGAGGAAUGUGGAAAACUGUUUAGCAACAAGUCCAACCUCAUUAAACAUCGGAGAGUUCACACUGGAGAAAGACCAUAUGAGUGCAGUGAGUGUGGGAAAUCCUUCAGUGAAAGUUCAGCACUCCUCCAACAUCAAAGUGUUCACACUGGAGAAAGGCCUUAUGAGUGCAGUGAAUGCGGCAAAUUUUUUACCUAUCAUUCCAGUCUCAUAAAGCACCAGAAAGUUCAUAGUGGGUCAAGGCCUUAUAAAUGCAGUGAAUGUGGCAAAUCAUUUAGUCAAAACUCCAGCCUCAUUGAACACCGCAGAGUUCACACUGGAGAAAGACCUUUUAAGUGCAGCGAAUGUGGGAAAUCCUUUAGCCAAAGCUCUGCCCUCCUUCAGCAUCGGCGAGUGCACACUGGAGAAAGGCCUUAUGAAUGCAGUCAAUGUGGGAAAUUCUUUACCUACAGUUCCAGUCUCCAGAAACACCAGAGAGUUCACACUGGAUCCAGGCCUUAUGAAUGCAGUGAGUGUGGGAAAUCCUUCACUCAGAACUCCAGCCUCAUUAAACACAGGAGAGUUCACACUGGAGAAAGACCUUACGAAUGCACUGAAUGUGGGAAAUCCUUUAGCCAUAACUCUAGCCUCAUUAAGCACCAGAGAAUCCAUAAUCGGUGAAGGCGUUCCGGGUGGCACAUGUAUAAAAUCAUUUAGUCAGAGUUCUGACCUCAUUACACACUGGAGAAUACAUCUUAGAAAAGCCCUUCUGACCACAAUGAGUAUGAGAAAUCCUUCAGUUGAGUGCCUUACAUCAUCAGAUACCUUAAAGUUCACAUGGACUAAUAAUAAUAAAAACCACCUGGGAAGUACUGUGGCAGGAGAUCCUUUCUAAAAAUGCCAUCUGCCUGAAUUGAAUCUCAUAUAUCCAGACGUCUGCAUAAAUUCCAGGUGCAUGAGAGUCAUUGCCCUUCCUGACUGGCUCAGGGGCUUUCCAAUUGUGUCAUUGCCAGCGCUGAAGCAGAAGCCACUUCAUCUCUGCCACGUGGCGGUGCCCACGGUGUACGCCAUUCACCAGCCCAGUAUAUUCAGAUUCAACAACGACACUAAUGUGAAAAAUUCUUUGUUGUUGAGGAAUAUUCUGUUCUGUGGAUGGAGUCACAUCCACCUGAGAAGCAACGAGGGUGCCUCCCCUUGCCCUAACUGCAUGGCUAAAUGUGGUCUGGAAAAUGCAGUUCCUGAGAAGGCCAGGACAGGUGAGCAGCCAAUAAAGUCCACAGCAACACAUCCUAUGACAGGCCUCAGGUUAAAAAAAUUACUACAAAGAGAACUUUGAAGUUGGGUUUUGCAGGAACAGCCCAAAGAUCCCCAUGAGUAAUGAUUGUGUGAGUACUUACAACUCUGGCUUAGUACAGCCCCAGGAAGUGUCAUCUGGAAAAAGGGCCAGAACCUUGGGUAGAGAGGCACCAUCAUUGUGAACAGGCUGACCAGACCUAAUGAGAUCAUUGAGUAAACUGCCCCGUGCCAGGGCGCUGCGGCUUCAUGUGAUGGAAUGAGAAGGCCAUGCCAAGAUGGCCGCUGGCAACGGAAACUGCCUGGCAACAGGCUGUGAUUGGAUGGCUUCAGAAACUGCCUGGCAACAGGCUGUGAUUGGUUAGGGCACAGACUGCCCCUUGACCAGAUCAGCUGCCUUGGCUAUUUAAGCUGCUGUACCAACUGAAAUAAACGAGUCUUCAGGCUGCUGCCUCAGGCCUGCUUUCACCCGACUCCCAGGGUCUGUGUGGUGAUUCUGCACCUCUUGCCCCCACCAUGCUCUCCUCUCAGAACGAAUCAACAACAACAGCUUCAGGGCUUCCCAACACGAAGAGAUGACACACUAUACAGCUUGGCCAUGGCAUCUACUCCUAGAGACCAAUGAAUGAAGCGCUCAUAAUCCUUCGUGGGAUGGACAGAGAGAGACUGAUGGGCUGGGUGUGAGGACCUCACCCAGCAAGGCUAAAAGUGCAGAGUUCUCCAGCAUUGCAUCGUGGUCCAGGAGGCUGAGCCUCGUCAAGGAGCCCCCAUUCUCCCCAGGAAAAGGACACAAACAUCCUCAGAGGUCAGCAGCUCUGCAAUGACAAGGACAGUAAGGUCCAUGAAGACUGCCUCUGCCAGAACCCCUAUUCUAGCCACCAAAACAACUUCUUGCUCACCCACCUCCCCAGGCCCCCAAGUCAGAGAAAAUACCAGGAACUGGUACCAGUGGCCAUGACUGUCUCGUGAUUACCUCAGUGAUCUCCUCAGUCUAUGACAACAGGUUGAAAGAAAACCACCAUUUUACCCUCCGAGCUCAGCAUGCAGAGGCCUCCUCUCCUGCCAGUCAGUGUCCAAUCAUCGUCCCAGACACAAACCUGGGCUCACUCUUCUCAGUGAAGCCCGAUAACAGUUCACACUUCCUAUGCACAUCAUGCCUCUCGCACAUCCCCAACUAUCCACCACCACCCUUUUGGCCACCACCAUAGACGUCUCCUUGGUCUCCCCAGCUGCCACUCUACACAUAGCACAGAGAAAUUACAAAGCAGUGAAAUCAGUAUCUCAUCUUGCUCCAAACCCUCUAUGGCCCCAUUGCCAAGGAUGCUUGUUAGUGCUCUGAAAGUCUCUUUGCCGGGGCCGGCCCUGGCCCUGGCCCUGGCCCUGGCCCUGUGGCAUAGUGGGUAAAGCUGCCACCUGCAAUGCCGGCAUCCCCUAUGGGCAUGGGUUCAAGUCCAGCUCUCUGCUAUGGGUUGGGAAAGCAGUAGAAGAUGGCCCAAGUUCUUGGGCCCCUGCACCCACAUGGGGAGACCUGGAAGCAGCUCCUGGCUUUGGAUUAGCCCAGCUCUGGCUGUUGCAGCAAUCUGGGGAGUAAACUAGCAGAUGGAUGACACCCCCCUCCGUCUCUCUCUGCCUCUCUGUAACUGCCUUUGAAAUAAAUAAAUCUUUAAAAAAAAAAAAAAAAAGCCUCCUUACCUAUCGCUGUUCCUUUCUUUAACCACAGACGCCCAGACCACAUGCUGAUCUCAGGUACUCUUGGCCCUCUUCACUUCUCUGUUGCUCACUGUAUUAAAUUCCUAUCAAUGCCAAAAUAAAUUACCACUAACUUCACAGCCUAAGACUACACAAAUUUACCAUCCUUAUUCUGGAGGUCAUCAAUCCAAAAUGGGUUUUGCUAGGCUAAAAUUAGAAUGUUGGCAGGCUUAUGCUUAUCUGACAGCUCUAGAUAAGAAUCCACUUCUGGGGUUGGUUGUGGUGUAACCAGUUAAGCCACAACCUGCAAUUCCAGCAUCCUAUAUGGGCGCCGGUUCGUGUUCCGGCUGCUCCACUUCCAAUCCAGCUCUCUGCUACAGCCUGGGAAAGCAGUGGAAGACAGUCCAAGUACUUGGGCCCCUGCACCAAUGUGGGUGACCCAGAAUCUCUGGGCUCUAGGCUUUCUGGCACAGCCCCACACAUUGCAGCUAUUUGAGGAGUGAACCAGCUGAUGUAAUCUCUCUCAUGCUGCCUUUCAAAUAAAUAAAAAUAAAUCUUUUAAAAAUAAUCCAUUUCUUUCCCUAUUCCAACUUCUAGAGACCUCUUGCAUUCUUUGUUGCAUUCUUAGCAACACUGUAUCAUUACUGAAAUCAUAUCACUCUGGCCCAUUUCCUUCACAUUUCAAUCUAACAGGCCCUCCUGCUUCACUUUCCUAAGUACCAUUGUGAUUACACUGGACACACUGAAUAAUUCAUCUCAAGAUCCUUAGUCACAUGAGCAAAGUCCCUCUUGCAGUAUGGGGUAAUACAGUCAAGUGUCUCAGGGAUUAAAACAUGGACAUCUUUGGGGACCAUUAAUCAGCCUACCAUACCCAUGCUGUCUUCUUACAACUCACACCCUUCCUACCUCUACCUAAUCUGCUGCAAACAAUGACUCUUCCAUCUGACCUCCCCAUUUCAGUCGGUGACCCUUCCAUCCUUCAGCAGCUAGCACAAAACUCUGGGUCAGCCCCCACUACUUCCUCUCUCACAGUCCACUUCAGGAAACAAUUCUAUCACCUCCACAGCAACCACUCGGGCACAGCCGCACCAGUGCUCACCAACUAAUUCAGCAGCCUUUCUGGUUGCCCAGUGGUGAAAUUGCAAAACUUUCACCCAUAAACCUCUGCACCAACCCAAUGAAAAUGGUUAUGUCACCUGCCUUCUUCCCUAACUUUCAAAAAUUCCCAAAUUAGGACGAACCAGAGGAAUUCAAGUCUACUCCCCUAAGCAAUCACAGAUGGCUGCUCCUAGUAGCAAGGUUCAGCUUCCCAGUGCCCAGACUUCAGUCAGACACAGCUGGAGCCGUCCUUUUGUACCACAAUGAGGCUUCCCCAUGCCACUGCUUGCCUUUGAGUCUACACCAAAUUCAAGUGACAGUGACUCCCCUGUUACAGCAAGCUCUUUGUUCUCAUUUGGGGAGCCUCUAUACAUUUUUACAAUUUCAUUUACUUGGAAGAGUGACAGAUCGUCUACCUGCUGCUUCACUCCCCGAAAGGCCACAAUGGCCAAGGCUGUGCCAGGCCAAAGCCAGGAAAGCAUAGCUUCUUCCAGGUCUCCCAUGUGGGUAGCAGAAGCCCAGGCACUUGGGCCAUCCUCCACUGCCUUUUAUUUCCACACCUGACCCCACUCCCUUCUCACAUUCUGCAGCCAGGGGAACCCUGCUAAGACACGUCCCUCUGUCCCAAAUUCUCCAUGACUCUACCACCUUCAGAAUAGAGGUCCAGCUCCUCCGUUGACACUUGAGCCUAAACACUGUUUGUCCACCUCUCUUCUUUGUCUCCAUAAACAAGAUGAUCUACAGUUUGCUGAACUCAUGGCUCAGCCUCGCCAGCAAACACUUCCAUGUGCUUGUUGCUGUGCCCUGCAUGCUCACUGGGGUGCCAGAGGGGAAGCUCUCCAUAACCACUGGCUUGGACUCCAUCCACCCGUUGGUGCGCGCAGACUGAACAGGAGGGAAAGGUGGAAAUGAAGAGAUGACAGACAAUCUUCCAGACAGGGCAGGUCAGGACCUGGCCAGUACCCAUCUGUACCAGGCACAUUACUUUCACUCCAUCACUGGAGCCAACAGAAGGAGAGGGGACAGGAGCAGUGGGUACCACAUGGGGAUGGAGGUGCUAUGCUGGGGAAGCUGAUGUUCUACAUGUUGGCAUACUAAUCCUAAAACAAGCAUUCCAAAGCAUGAUAGCCAAAUGGCUACCACAAGGACAUUGGGAAUAGCACCCCAAUAGUAAGCACUUGCUGCAGAGAGGCCCAGGUGGUCAAAAGGUAAAGGCAAAGAACCGUUUACGGAGCAUCUACUGCAUGCUCAGCCUUCCAGUAGCUGCCAGGUCCCAUCCUCUCCAUCUCCAUCAGAGAUUCCAGAUCCUGGGUGCAGCACAGGCCCUAGCUGCUGGGGGUUCACAGUACAUAAUCCCAGCCUCGCUCCCCAUCAAAUUCAAAGCAGCUUUACCUCUAAGAUGAGAGGUGAGGGGCUGGUGCGAUGGCGCAAGCAGAUUAGUCCUCUGCCUGUGGCAGCGGUAUCCCAUAUGAGCACCGGUUCUGGUCCCAGCUGCUCCUCUUCUGGUCUAGCUCUCUGCUAUGGCCUGGGAAAGCAGCAGCAGAUGGCCCAAGUUCUUGGGCCCCUGCAUCCACCUGGGAGACCUUGAGGAAGCUCCUGUCUCCUGGCUUUGGAUCAACCCAGCUCUGGCUGUUGCAGCCAUUUGGG